UAUUGGUUGCAACGUUGCAAGCAAUGUGUAUCGUGAAAGAUGGCGUAGGAAAGGACCUCUCUAACUUUAGGUUUAUGGCAAUGCACUGGAGUUAUUUUGGAGUCUGCAAGAAGCUGUAAAAUGCCCAAACUGCAGAAGCAAAAGAUUGAAACAAGCCAGCUGAUGUGUAGCCAGCUGAUGUGCAGACAGCAUUACUUUAACUUCUCUUUUCCAGCAGUUUGAUUAUAAAUUAUAUUGAUGAUUUGGCUCCGGUGAAAGUGAUGCAUUGCGGCAGCUGUUCCGAACAUGUGCGAGCUGUUCCCCGUGUACUGUGAGAAGCUGAAGAUCCUGAGCAGCAUGCUCGUCGAGGAGAGUCUGAACUACGCCAGAGACACAGGCUCGCACCUGCUGGUGGCAGCGUGCAUCUACCUGUCCUUGUGCGUGGCCGCCUACUUCACCACCGCCUACCUGAAAGCGCUGGCCGCGUACGGCCACCUGAAGGCGGUGAAGCGCGUGCUGCUGGUGACCGCCCACCCGGACGACGAGUGCAUGUUCUUCGGGCCGACGAUCGUGAAGCUAGCGCGGAGGGCGGAGUGCCAGCUGUUCCUGCUGUGCCUGUCCCAGGGGGACUACAGGAACCUGGGUCGGCAGAGGCGUCGCGAGCUGUGGGCCAGCUGCAAGGUGCUGGGCAUCCCGGACAGCCACGUGACGCUCUGCAUCAACGACUACCUCCCGGACGACCCGGGGGUCCGGUGGCGGGAGGACGUCGCCGCCGCGCUCAUCCUGGACCACGCGGAGUCGCUCGGCGUGGACACCAUCGUGACCUUCGACAAGCUGGGGGUCAGCCGGCACUCGAACCACUCGUCCGUGUUCUACGCCGUGGCGUACCUGUGCAUGGAGAAGAAGCUGCCGUCCCACUGCAAGGCCUACACCCUGGAGACCAUCAACGUCCUCAGGAAGUACUCCGGACCGCUCGACGUCCCCAUCAGCUUCCUCAUGUCCUCGUUCUGGUUCGUGGACAGCCUGCGCGAGCGGGCCAGCAUCAAGGCAGCGAUGGCCGCGCACCGCUCGCAGUACGUGUGGUUCAGGAAACUGUACAUGAUCUUCUCACGCUACACGUUUGUCAACACUCUCAGGGAAAUAGAGUGUGUCGACCUGGAGUUGGAUCUAGAACUGGAUGACUAAAGCUGGUAUGUACUUUUGGUUUUUGCAUACUUGGGGGUGAAGUAGUUGUUGAAGUGUUUUUAGAAUGGUUGUAGAAUCACAAAGUUUGUUACUAUUGUUCUCAUAAAUUUAUGAGCAAAGUAAAUUAGUACGUACUAGUGAUGAGUCAAUUCCUGUUUUUUCCCCGGUUCUCGGUUCGGUACCGGUUCUUAAAAAUCGGUUUUCGGUUCUGACUUAAACAAUAACAUAAAUAUUAUUCACACAUUAUUUAUGAGGUGUUUUAAGUAAUAAACUAUUUAUUACUUCGGCUACCAAAAAAGCAUUGUUUCAAGCUACUGUAAACACACAACCUAUUAAAAAUGUAAUAUGUAUUAAUAAAAAAAUUAAUUCGAAAUAAUAUAAAGAACACUUAAUAAAACUAAAAUUUACUAUAUCAAUCUAGUAAUUACCUCAAGAAAUCUACAUACACCUUACUUUAAAAUAUAGGAAUGAAAAGAAAAUGUUACAAUAAUGGAAAUAAAUACAAUGAUGGUGAACUUUCAAAGUAUUAAAAUAUUAAAUUGUCCAUCAAACUUAUUGCCUACAUUGAAUUCAGUUUGUUUGCACAGUCAACAGUAAAUUACUGCCACACUUCUGAUGCCAUUUCUUACACAAUUUGCUCUAUUUGGCCAGAAUAAUUAUACUUUAGAAGUGUCCACAAGCAUUUUGUGUGAACAGCCAAUAGUAAAAUACAUGCACACAUCCAUACACCACUUUACAAAUAAUAAUAAUAAAAAAACCUUCCCCCUUCAAAGCAAUCCCAUUUACCUACAAGAGAAAGUUACUAGCCAAUAUGCUAGAUGGCUGCAGAUGCAGUGAACUUACAGUACAAGCACUGCACAAAAAGCAUAAAAUUUUAGAAUGCUGAAAAUUAAUCCGGAAAUUUUAAAUCAAUCAUUAAUUCUAUUAAACAAAUAUUCUGUGGAAUUUUGCACUUUUAAUUGUUCUUUAUACACCCUUACUUACGUGUCAAUGACUAAGGGCCGGUCUUACCAUCUUCUGGGCAAACUUCCAGGUAGCUACCCUGCGGAUAAGCUACCCGGACCCUUUAUCCGAUGGUCCUGUCUUACCAUCCAAUUUACACCUCCGUGUAGCUAACUGGAACUUGCCCUGUGGAUAGCGAGGAUGUGUGUUAGGUUGGUAUAAUUUUGACAGAGAUAUUGAAGAAACGAUGAUUGUGAUUGGCCCUCAGAUUUUUUAUUUUAUCUUGCUAAACAUUAGAGUACCGAAGGCUUAGUGUAUUUACAUUGUGAUGAAAAUUCGCCCGGUAAUUUGGGAAUAUAAAUAAACACUUGUCAAGGAGAAGAGGUUACAAUAGUUUUAAUUAGAAUUUCCUUUCUCUUUAAAACAAUUCUUGUCAAAUAAGGCUACAGCUGUAACUCACACUGUGACCAUAGUUUCUGUUUACCAAGUGCAACAAAGGGGGGCAGCAAAACAUGCAGAAAACUAAAGCUCAUGUAUACGCAAACUUAUGCCCUAUUAUAGUGAUGAAACAUGAUUUUUAAAAAAUACCCACCUGGGGUCUUAAGUCUUACAUGUGUGCAAUCAAUAGCACCAAUUACUUUUGGAAACUGGGCCAUUUCGUAUAAAUUUGUCUGAGCAUUUCUUAUUUCUUGCUCAGUCGAUGGCAUCCUAAUAUAUGCAGAUCUCAAUGAAGCAAUUCCAAAUGUCACUUGUUUAAUUAUUCUACAAGCUGUUGCUUUACUGACACCUACAAAAUCUCCAACACUGGAUAGCAUUGUUCCCAGGGCAUAAAACAGCAGUGUCAGCAACACUUUGUUCAGUGGCGAGACUGCAUGAUUUCUGGGGGAAAUAAAAGCAACAAGAUGACAAACUGUUGUUUACAUGUAGGUUAGGACACUGGGGUAGGAAUACAAAAAGGCACUCUGAGAAUUCAGAACAGCCAAAAUAAAGCACAUUCUGAAUGUAAUUUACAAAAUAAAAGCAGGAGUAUUUUAUUGAAACAAUGUUGACAAUGUAAACAUUAUGCACAAGUUAUGGUCCGAUAUAACCUAUAAACCUAUCAGUUUCAUUCAAUUUUACAGAAUAUAUAGCAUAAGCAUACAUUUGUAAUGUAAAAACAAAUGCAUUUUUUUGGUAAAAGCAAUCACCUGUCUCUUCGCGAUCUAAUCAGUGGUUCAAGCUCUUCCAAGUGCAGAACUGUAUCUUUACUUAGCCUGAAUCUCGCUGAAAACUCUUUAUUGUUCCAUUGGUUCAAAUGGUCUGGUCUUUCUCUAAAAAUACGUGGACCUCUUGCAAAAGCAUUGAUUACUUCAAUGAUCUCUUCAUCGUCGUCAUCGUCUCCAAAAAUCUCACCAACAUUAUUGACGACAUCGACGAACCCUGCUUCGGCCAAUUAGAUAAACGAGGGAAGAAAAUCACAGUCCAUGCACCACGUUUUGUCAAAUGAACACAAUUCAACACAUUGCAAUAAACAUGCCACGAUGUGGCGCACAGAUUAGUAUAUAGUUAUCCGCCUGGUAGCGAUUUACCCAGAGCUUCAACCUCCCGGUAAAAUCGACAAUUAUUUAUCUACCGGGUACGCCUACUCAUAGGUGGUAAGACACAUUUUGUCAUUUGCCAAGGAGAUAAAUUUUACCCGGACCUUGCCAAGGGAUGGUAAGACCGGCCCUAAAUUAACUACCUAUUUUUAAAAAUAAAUUGAAACAAACAUGGCGUCUUUCUGUUUUUACAUCUCUGGUGAGACACGUUAUACAGUUGUACACAUCUAUGAACUACAUAUAUCUAUGGCACCUUCAACUGUUAUGUUUUGACUGUAUAACGGACUAUGUUUACAGAUGUGACGAGAACAUUAAAAAUUUUCACGUGUAAUUUAUUUUAUAGUUAGAGAUGAAUAUUAUUCCACAGAAGUCCAAAAAUAUAAUUCAUAUGUGGAUUGGACGUGAGUUGAGCCAUUUCAUGCUGCAGUUAAGUUGUAGUGAAGGACUAUUUUCGUAAAGGGUUUUGCUAUACUGCCGGUACCGGCACCGGCACCGGCACCGACAUUUUAGCUGCGGUUCUCGGUGCCGGUUAAAAUGCUGAGAACCGAGAACCGGUACCGACCCAUCCCUAGUACGUGCUUGACAAGACAUGUGUUCUUGCCACAAAUACAUAGGAUCUUGCAUGUGUGUAACACAGCUGACAAUACUAUUUCCUCCUUCUUUGAAUAAGCUGUAUCUGUCAAAUGUUACCAUAGGAAUACGCAGAAAUGUGUUAUGGCAGUUAAGAUAGUUUAAUGUCAUUGAUGAAGUUUAAUUAUAAUUUAAAUUUUAAUUAAUUUUUACAUUGCUACACACGAGUAACUGUAACAAAUGGCUGAUAAAAAAUGUUCUUUGAAUGAUUUAUGCAAUGGAGAAAAUUUAUAUAAAACAUUUUUAUGGACAUAGAUCUUUGCUGGUUUUCACUGUUUCUCAAGGAGAAACCACAAGAUGGAAAAUAAAAAGGAACACACAAACACAAAGGAAAAUCAAGCCAAUACCAGCCAAUGUUAAAUGUAUAGACAGCACACAGAAUUCCGUGGAGGGAAUAAGUCGGAAAAAAGUAUCACUGCACAGACAAACACAGUGGGCUGGCAAUAACGAGACAGUUGUAACAAGAUCAGAAAAUACAAACAAUAAAACAGAUAAUCUGGACAGAUAUUAACAGUCCGUUUGUGCCUGAUGAUGGGAAUGGAUGCCAUUUCCCGAAACGUCACACCCUUUUUUUAUUUUUAUUUUUAUUUUUUAUUUUAAGGAAGCUUUCUGUGUAGGUCUGUGUCUUGUGUUGUCUAGAAUACCUGUUUAGUUUCGUAGCUGGGUUCGCCUUAGCGUCACUGUGUUGUCGUCAAUGCAUUUAUCUGCUUUGUAUCAUCGUUGGAUUAGAAUGUUUGACAUUGUGUUGUCCAAGGUUCUGUAUGUAUUUGCUAUUCUUUUUGUAACUCUCAUUUUUGUCAGCCCACUGUGUUCAUCUGUGCUGUGAUAUUUAUUCUGACUAAUUCCUUCCACAGAAUUCGCCAUGCUGUCUGUGCAUUUAAAAUUUGACAUAAGCUGAUUCAGGCUUGUUUUUCCCUUGUGUUAGUGUGUUUAUUUUACUAGUCCAUUCUUGUGGUUUCUCUCAUACAGUACAAACCAGCAGUGGUGUAUGUCUAGGAAAAUGUUUUAAAUCAGGAUAUAAACAUUCUACAUUGCUGAGGAUGAAUGAAAAACCUAGCAGUCAAUGGCAGUGGCGUAGCGUGGGUGGGGCGGAGGGGGCGGCCCGCCCCGGGCGGCAGCCCGCGGGGGCGGGUCGCCGGUGAAACGGGUUGAGAUCUGAUCUAUGAUUCAUUCAUUACAUGUGUCAGACACACUAUAAUGUUCCAUUUUUAUCUAAAAUUUUGCGCACCAACUAUUUUUUAAUAUUUAUUUAAAAGAAAAACUGCGAAAUCACUGACAGAGCUCUUUAUAACGUUUGUUUACAUAGGAACGGCAACAUCGCAUCACGCCGCGCCGCCCGGCGCGCGCGAGCCGAGUUGAGCGGCACUCCUUAUUAUGUUAAUUACUCAUACAAAAUAUUUUGUUUAACGCGUCGGCCCGUGUCGAUGCCUCUCUUUCGCACUCAUUGAACUUAGUACUACGCAUUGUACUGUAAAGUUUGACCUUAACCCAGGGCAAACCAAACAACUUCCGCAAACCGGGACACAGUAAAACUCAUAUAUUGCCCCGUACCGCGAGCGCAGGUAAACCCAAAAAAAUAUUAAAACCCAAACUAAUAGCAGGCUUAAAAAAUACUAAUAAGGUUGCGAACAGUGAGAGGAGGCAGCAAGUUAAAAAGAUGCAAAAUUUAUAUGACAACAUUUAAUAUAUAUAUAUAUAUCAUAAAAUCGUUUCAUCACAAAUCGGUGCAUCCAUCAUAAAAUACAUACCCUAUUACUACUUAUAAAAAAUAGCUAUAUAAUAAUACUAAAAAAAUACUUUAACAAUUCCCCCGAAAAAUUAUAAUUUGAUCAUAUACUUCGGAGCUCCGUAAAUUAAAUAUAAUUACCAAAAAGGCAUUAAAAAUAUAUAAGAACAUAACUCCGCUAGACUAUCAAACUUGACUAUAUUGUCGAUUGAACAAGAAUUGGCUGCUAAUAUUGAUUUUGACAAAGUUAUUUCUGACUUCGCUGCUCAUAAGGCCCGUAGAAUCCGCUUGUAAAACCGCUCAUCCUAUUUUAACUUCAAUAAAAGGUACCUCAUUGCAUGUGAAAUUUAAUUUUAAUUAAGCACCUAUAGAAUGGGGGCGGCAAAAUGGGUUUCCCGCCCCAGGCGCCGAGAUGGCACGCUACGCCACUGGUCAAUGGUCGGAUCACUUGCCUCACAGAGGUGGUUCGAUUUCCAGCAGGAUCAAACCUGGAUUUUUUUAUAGUGAAAAUUGUGGCAAACAUUGUGGUGAGCUAGUGGGUUUUCUCUGGGUACUCCUGUUUUCUCCAUUCGUUCUGUCAGUGCUCCAUUAUCAUCUCAACACAUUUUCAUUGUCUCUAGUGACCUUGAUGUUAAGUUGACGUUAAGCAUUAAUUAAUUCCUGACUGAACAGGCAUAGAGCUAUUUCAUUUGUUCAGCUGUGAAACAAAACGUAAAAACAGCAGCACAGUUUAGAAUUAUAAAUUGACCCAAAAAUAUUUUCUUCCACUUUAGUUUUAAUUUUUUUAUGCUUGUAUUAUUUAGUGUUGAUUUUUUUUUUUGUAAUUACUUUGGGAGUAAUUUUGUCACAUUUAAUUUUAAUUGGGUUUUAUAGAUCUGGACCUUGCAUGCUGUAGAUAUACUUAGGGUGUUCACAAUUUUUUUGUGUUGGUAUUAUAAUUGCUACAUUUUCUGUUUAUUCAUAAGUUUGCAUCCUACAUGAAAAAAUGUGUUUUUUUUUUUUUGUUUUUUUCCCCCUCUCUUGCUUGUUAUUUAGACUCAUGUUCGACAAAGACAAAAACUUCAUUUAAAUCUAAAUGCAAUGGUGAUUCAGGUAAAACUAUUUUUUUUUAAACACCAUGUAUAUUUCUGGAAAAGAUUUUGAUACCAGUUGUGUGUUUAAACACUGUACAGUCGUCUGUGUUUCGUGAUUGAGUUUCUUUCUGGAGCAUGUCCACUGUCGGCACACAAAUCACAGCAAUUCUGUACAGAAGCAAACUCCCUUAACGUCCCAAUCAAAUAAGACUGUGGCUUGUCUUUCAGGCAAAGGUCAAUAACGAAGAAAUCAGUGGCACGGCAUACUUUGUUUCAGUCUAAUGAGUUUUUAGGUUUUUUUCCCCCCUGAAAAAUAUAUGCCCCUAUUCAGUGUAAAACAUCUGAUUGGACAAAGUAUUUUUGACGUUCUGUAAAUUGAAGUCCAACCCUACACUCGGAUGAUGUUACAAGGGAGUCCAUUUUUGUCAUAUAAAUCAACAUAAAAUGUCUUAAUGAUAUAGUUGUGAAUAUGAAGAGUAAAUUUGUUCAAACAAUGUGUGUGAUCAUUUGGUUGAAACAUAAUCUGGUUGAUAUGGCCCCUUGUCUUCCUAUAUUAAAAUAUUGUUACAUGCAUCACUUGAGUCGCAUUUGUACCUAAUAAUAAAAAAAAAUGUUGUACAGAUUUGUUUUAGUUACAAACUAUUAAUUCGCAGGGCUGUGAAAAUAAUUUAAUUAGUAUUUUGUGUAGUGCUAUUUUGGUGCAUAGAUGUGGUAAAUACAUACAUAUGUUAUAAACUUUUACACUGACAAAUUUGUAUAAAAUUAUUUAAAUAUGAUUUUAAGUUGAAACUCUUACUUUUAAUGUUUGGUAUACCUAUUUUACAUAUUUUUAUUAUUGUUUUAAGAAUGUUUUUUUAAACAUAAAAAUGUUUUGGAAAGAAUGUUUUCUUAUACACGGUUUUAUAAUGAAACUUAAGAAUGCUCUUAAUAAUGUGUAUCCAAUGUUUUGUUGUUUAAGUAAACUCAAUGGUGUGAAAAUUUUUUUAAUAUUGAUGAUGAAACCUUAUAUUUUUCUGUGUAUCUGUGUAUGUCACAAAUUCCUCAAAUAUUUUGUGUUAGUUACAUUUUUAUGUUUGAUCAAUUUAAUUAUACUACAGAUAUUAGGUGAUAGAAAGUGAUACUUGAUAUUACGUAUAUUGAACCACAUAAUGAAUAUUUGGUUCUAUCAUAGUUGGAUGUGUUACUUUUAUAUGUAAUAUACUUUAUAAAUAUUCUUUGGAAGACUUUUUUAGUUUUUUACUACUGGAUUAUUGAUUGUGAAAUAUGUAUUAAAACAUUUACCGGAUAGCAAAGAAAUAUUGGUGGAAGCAGUUUUCUAUGUUUACUUUGCUGUCAAAAUGGCUAUAUUAUAUGAUAAGAUGGGGUAAGUUGGUGGAAAAUUCAAAAAUUUUUUUAAAAAUCUAGCUUGUGCUAUUGAGAUUUUUCCUGUUAUAAAAAUAUUUAUACUACGGGAGUCCACUAAAGUAUCUACUUUUUUUUAGUUUUAAUAAUAAAAAUUGAUUAAAAUAAAAAUGACCUCCAAUAUACGCCAAGUGCGGUAACUUUGAGGUAUGGCUGUAACCUUAUUUUGAUUAAUUUCUAAAUGUUUGGUGGAAAUUGAUGCUUAAACAACUAAAAACUUGAUAUAAGCAAAAUUUCACUAAAAAAAGAUUUAAGACAACAAAAUGUUUUACAGAUAAAAAUAAUUGAAAUUUACAUUUCUAAAUUUGUAAUUAUUAAUAAUUGGUUAAAAAGUUGCCAUAUGCAUAAGCAUCAUUUGGGAUAUUUUAAAUUAAUUUAAGUAACUUAUGAAAUUUUUUUUAAUUUACCCCAUUUUACCUUAGGUUUUGAUCAAAUACUAGGCCACAAAUAUUUUAAUCAAACAUGUUUACUAAAACCAAUAACUUGAAAGUCAGGUCAUGCUUGCACUCAAGGGAAAAGUUUUUUUUUUACUUUCACUAGUGAAAUAAUUUGAUUCAAACUCAGUUACAUUUCUCUCUUGAAGAUCAAGCUGGUGAAACAUGCAGUGUGCUUACUUAGUAGCUGUUUCCUUUCAACAUUAAUGGAUCUAUUAAAAGUAUGUCUGAUAAAAUUUAGUUCAUUGUAUGUUAGUCUAUUUUGCUGACAACUCACAAAACAUUUGGCCUGUACUGUAAAAGCAUUUUUUCAACAUUUGCAGUUAUACCUAUAGUGAAUUUUGGCAUUGUGGGCCAGCUAGUUUUCCAGCUUUAAACUCUACCUUUCAAUUUUUACCAAAGUGACAAAAUUUUCAUUGCUAUGUUGCUACUUUUUUUACAGGGUAUAUGGUGUGUACUGUAUGUGAUAACCAGUACGGUAAUUACUGGUAUGAGCUGUAUGCAAGUGUUUCAAGAAUUAGUUUGGUAAUUUUUUUUUACUCGUGAGCAGUAUUCACCAAUCUUGUGUGUGCUUGGAAAUGCUCGAGUUUGGUUAAAUUGAAAUAGGUGGUUUUUCAAAUGCACAGAAAUCCCUUUACUUUGGUAAACUCCAUGUUUAUGUACAAUUUUUUUUAUCCCGGUUUCUCUUGUUCUUGAGUUUGCCACAAAGUGGUGCAGUAACUUCUGUGUCUAAAGCUAAAAACAUAUGCUUGUGAUCUUGCAGAGGAACCUUGUGAUCCCGAAUGCUCACCUUCGAAAAAUAAAUAUUAACUCGAAAAGAAUGUACAAAGAUGCUUAUGUGAUAAUACAUACUUAAUAGGGUAAGUUAAGACUGAUAUCAAAAAUUAAAAAAAAGUUUGUUUUGGGCAAAAUCAAUGUUACAGGUGAAGAGAAACUGUUUCAUGUAUAAGAAAACUAGAUCUAAGCCUUCUGGAAUGUUUAGCUUUUUAAAAAUAUAUAUUUUUAAAUAGGUAGGAACUGGUAAAUAUAUAAAUAAAUUUACUCUCAAGUUAAAUGGGGCAUUGCCAUUUCAUAUGUUCAUUAAUGCCUGUAAACAUAUGUGUUUUACCAUUAUGCUUGUUUAUUGAUACGUAGUGUACUGCCUUAAUAUAAAUUAAUCAUUGAAAUUGCUGGGUAUUUUACACCUAGUUUUAUCAGUACCAGGUAUGUACAAUAUCUGCUAGCAAAUUCCGGUUAAUUUCAUGAAAAUCAGUUGGCACAGCACUGAUUGUGUUUCGUAGUAGUGACAAUUUGGAAUUUAGUUAAAGGUUUGGAACAUUUGAGAUUACAAGGUUCAAAUGUAUGUAAUUUAAUUUGUCGGGUGGCAUGUCAUGAUUAUUAUUGGGAAGUUUAUUUAGCUAAUUAGAGUAGCUAAUUUAUGUAGCUAAUCAAAAUCUUCCAAAAACAUCUAUGUAAAAAAUCUUGUCUUUAAAAACUUAUUAUGUUGGCCACAGAGUAUUUCAGUGUUGGGGUCUUCUAACUACAAUGCAUCACCUGAAUUCUUUAAUAUCUACAUCAUAUCAGUUGAUUAUGUCAGACAUGUAUAAGAGCCUGAGAGUAGGACAGUUAUUACAAGUUUCUGUUGUAAGUAUGCUAAGUAUUAGUUAAUAUUUGUACGUACUAGCUUUCUCUAUUAAGAAUUUAUUCAAAGUAAACAGUUUGUUGUAUCAUGAUUGUCAGUACCAUUUGUAAAAAAAAAAUAAUUAAAAAUAAA